ACAAGGAUACACAACAGCUGCAAUGUCAACAUGUGGCAGCCACUGCGGUAAAAACAAAAGACGCUAAAUAAAAAAAUUAAAAAGGGGGGAAUAGUUUAGUAUUUGCAGCUUUCUUGGUUGGCAGUGAAGUGGUUAAGGGCGCUGCCAGGAGUUAAGAUGGCCGCCGCUGACUUCCUUCAUUCCAGGAAGAAGGCUCUCCUCCAGCUCUAGGAAGCACUCUGUUUCCGGGUUUGGUGCCCGGUGUAAUGGCUGAGCCCGUGUCCGAGGAGCGGAUCCAGCAUGAGUUUGCCCCUCAAGCCGAGGUGGAGGUUGCGGCCAGGGCCAUGGAGUCCUUCGCCCGGAGUCACGGCUCCCAGGGGCACAGGGUGGUGCUGAUCACCUCGGGCGGCACCAAAGUCCCCUUGGAGUCCCGCACGGUGCGGUUCCUCGAUAACUUCAGCAGCGGGCGGCGAGGAGCGGCCUCGGCCGAGUAUUUCUUAAAGGCCGAGUACGCAGUCAUUUUCCUGCACCGCCACCGCUCCAUGUACCCGUACAGCCGCAGGUAUACUGCUGUCAAUUGGCUGGACGCCCUGCAUCUACUGCCCGCCCCUGCGGAACAUUCCCGUCCAGGCCACGCCCCCGCGGAGCUCUCCACGGCGGGCUCCACCCAUGCGCAGCCGGCUUUCAGAGUGGAGGCGGAUCCAUCUCAUCUGCAGGGCAUAGUGCAAGUCUUGCAGGAUUAUCACAGCAUGAAGGACUCUGGCAUGUUGCUCCCUGUGGAGUUCAACACCCUUUCAGACUACCUGCACCUCUUGCUGGCAGCUGCGAAAGCGCUCAGUCCCCUAGGUGGGUUAAUAAGGCACCUGGCUAAAGUGAUAAAUCAUUGAUGCAUUGGUAAGGAGGAGUUGGGAGUAGUGCCUAGAAGUGAUAUAUGUAACAAUAAGUAAGAGGACAAUAGGAGGGUCAUAUAGUGCAGUAUAUUCUAUAAAUAAAAAGGCGGAGGAUAAGACUCACAGAAAAUUGAGCUAUUAGCUCCAAUUGGAUGUGCCUGAGCGGAACAAUCCUUGCUUAAAAUUGUGCUGUGUGCGAUAUUCCAAUAAUCUGAAACAAAAGCAGAAAUAGCACUAUAUAGUGUAGUAAAUUUGGAUUAUAUGAGUCUGUAAGUUAGGUGGAUAAGGAUUUACACACAUUUAUGGGAGCCUUGUACCUGGCUCCCUUAGACAGUGUGGAGUGGUAUAAUUCCCACUAAGGAUGUGUUGAUGGUACCUUUUUCCGUAGUAUGUGUGCACAUAUAGUGCACACUGUUUAUAACGUAAUUGAAAUUUCACUUACAAACGUUAGAGCAAUGUAAGGUUUUGCUCAAUCUAUAGGGCUCUGGUUGUACACGCCCCACCUUGUAGGAUGAAGCCCAGAAAAUACGUGGAGUUCCAACAAUAAACAAGGUGGUCCAGGAUAAAUUUAAAAUAGUAUCUAUCUUCAUUUAAUACAAUAAAAUAAAUGUAAGAAUAUUAAAAGUAACACUAAUGCAUUUCACCACGUCAUAGGGCUUUGUGAAACGCCCAAGUGUCCCUGUUUAGGAGGGACCGUCCCCAUUUUGAGCACAAUCUCUCUGUCCCUCUUUGCUACCCUAGUGUUCCUCUUUGCUAGGAGCUCCAUAUUGUUGAUGUGUCUGAGUAUAUAACACAGUUCCACAGCAAUAAUAUUUACAGUAAUGUGGGGUGAUCUGCUCAAACAUUUAUUUUGUCUAUAUUUCAGGAUCAAAUGCAAUGUUCUAUUUAGCAGCAGCAGUAUCUGACUUCUACAUUCCAGCUUCGGAGAUGCCAGAACAUAAAAUCCAAUCGUCCAGUGGGCCACUACAGGUAAUCCUGCUUUUAUAAUGUUUUAUUAUAUUGUGAAAGUAAAACAUGGCAUGGAAAUUAUAUACAAUUUAUAGGUCCUGUGGAGAAAUCUAUUGCACAUCGUGGGAAUGUUGGAAAUGUUUUAACAAUUAACUUUAAAACAACAGAAUAGGGGCGGAGCCUGGCAGCUAUGCCGAGCGGCCACACAUCAAGGGAGCUCCAAGCUAAAAGUGAGCAAAUAUAGCCGUAAUUCCAGCUAAAGCCCUACAUCUUGGCAAGUUAUAAUCCCGAACACGAGGAUCUAACACUGCGGCUACAAGCAGCAGGUCUUGCAACCAUAAUCGGCGGCUCCUACCUCGGGAUAGAUCUGAGGCCUGCUCGGAAGGCGCAAGGGAGGCGGCCGAUCCCUUUGCCGACUGUGGUGCGCCUGCCCAGGGGCAUCUCAAGCAAACUCUCACCCACCUCCCCCCCCCCUCCACCCCCCACUGCCGGUGAUGGACAUCCCAGCAAACAUAGCCUGAACAAAGCAUCAGCAGAGCAUUACCUGCACCGCUGGACCAGCACUCAUAACUACGGCGGACACCACGUGCAGCCCCGCACCCAGCUCUCCACUGCCCCCUCUUGCAGAACAACUCGAUCGCCUGUUUGCUGCCUUCUGGGACAAGCUAUCCCUCCGCAGAGGCACCAUCGAGCAGACCCCACAGAACAUCAUCCCGAGCGCUACCACACAGGGACCUUCAGACCCUGGAUGGAACACCGGUGCUGCACAGACGGUGGGAGGAAGAAGGCGAAGGAACAGACGACGGCCUCAGAGCCGCAGAACAGCGGAAAGCCACCUUACAUCAGAGCAGAGGGCCGCACGGGGUAGACCCCCCCCCCUCCCAAAACCCCUCUCCCCUCCAGGGAGUUCACUACACCGCGUCUGAAGAGACCCUACCUGAGUUCAAGCAGCACGCUGUCAUGAAACUUGAGCACAAGACCUGGACGUAUAUAGCAAUGAAACCUGAAUACUCCUAACACCGGACUGUGUUGGUAAUGGGGGUUGGGGGGGCACUGCCAAUAAGGAACUGAACACUCAUUCGUGCCUGGAGAGUAUUCAGCACCCGAUGGGCAUCGGCUAAACCCCUAUGGGCAACUCACAGGCUUAACAGCCAAACCUCCCCUGGAGACAACUACCCGGCUCCUGGACUACCUCCACAUUGCCUAUUGCUUGUUCCUGACAACGGCUGGCUGCAAACCCACCAGAGCACACGUGAGUACUACCUAGCGGUUACCCAAAGCUUACAGUUUCACAUCUUGAAAUGCACUCCUAUUUUAAUGUAAUCUACCUUGUUACAUCCCAGUCAUUGUGCAUAAAAUAUGCCUUUCUACCUCUCUUGAUCAAGCAACCACUGACUGGAACAAUUUAAACAUGUUUAAUAUAAAAUACCUGUGCAGUUUUCUUCAUGUGCCACAAUGCUUUACAAUUUUAAUUGCUUAUGUUUUACUAUGUUUUAAUAUGCGUUAAACUGUGGCAACACACACGUAUGCCAAUCUUAUGCACAACAAAAAUAAAGAAUUAAAAAAAAAAUAAUAAUUUUAUUAUAGAACAGUAUGGUAUUUCAUCUGAUGCUUGGAUAAAUGUUAGGAAGAUGCAGUCAGAAUACUCAGUGGUUUGAUGUGAUAUGCAUCUAGCUAUGUUAUUUAUAUAUAUAUAUAUAUAUAUAUAUAUAUAUAUAUAUAUAUAUAUAUAUAUUCAAAAAGGAAUGGGCAGUGUUAGUUUGGAGUUGCCCUUUAAAGGAAAACUAUAGUGCUACAAAAACAAAGUUGUUUUCCUCGCACUUAAGCUCCAUUUAGUGCCCCCCUUCCUUGCGACCCACCCCCCUUCCUUGCGACCCACCCCCCUCCCUCCUCUGCAGAAGUGUUAAAAACCCCUUCUGUCACUUAUCUGAUUUCAGCACCGAUGUCCUUUUGGUGCUGUAUCAAACCCUGCCUAUGCUCCUUCUCCGACCAAGGUUAGUAGGCGGAGGGACCUAAUGUGCAUGCGUGCCGAUAGCUGUGCUUGCAUUAGGACUUUCCCCAUUGUCCUAAUGCUUUCCUAUGGGUUUUUGGUGAUGCUGGAUGGCCUCAUGCAUAGCAUGAGGACGGCCAACGUCUGUUAGCCAACCAAAAGUUGCCUAACCACCUGGAAGUCCCCCUAGUGGCUGUCUGGUAGACAGCCACUAGAGGUGGAGCUCACCCUGCAAUAUAAUUUAUACAGUUUCUCAAAAACUGCAAUAAUUACAGUUGCAGGGUUAAGGGGCCUAGGACACUGCACUCAAUGAGCUGAACCCAGUCCUCAGGGACCACCAACACUCCAGGAUUUAUGUAUUUCCCUGUUUUAUUCCAAUGGAGAUGCUGACAAAACCUAAACUGUUGGCGGUCCCUGAGGGCUGGGUUUGGGAACACUGGUCUAUAGUGUCCCUUUAUACCUGAGUCAAAAAAUGAGUCCUACUCCAACAAUUCACCUUGUUGCUCUCAGCUGAAUGGUAAAAUCUCUAAUCUGACAAGAAGGGGUAUUUUUCUAAACCCCUACACACUUAUUAAAGGACCACUAUAGUGCCAGGAAAACAUACUCGUUUUCCUGGCACUAUAGUGCCCUGAGGGUGCCCCCACCCUCAGGGUCCCCCUCCCGCCCGGCUCUGGAAGGGGGAAAGGGGUUAAAACUUACCUUUUUUCCAGCGCUGGAGAGCUCCUCCUCCUCCUCCUGGGCUGAAUGCGCACGCGCGGCAAGAGCUGCAAGCAUUCAGCCGGUCUCAUAGGAAAGCAUUUACAAUGCUUUCCUAUGGACGCUGGCUCUCACUGUGAUUUUCACAGUGAGAAGCACGCAAGCGCCUCUAGUGGCUGUCAAUGAGACAUCCACUAGAGGAUUAGGGGGAAGGCUUAACCCAUUCAUAAUUAUAGCAGUUUCUCUGAAACUGCUAUAAUUAUGAAAAAAUGGGUUAACCCUAGAAGGACCUGGCACCCAGACCACUUCAUUAAGCUGAAGUGGUCUGGGUGCCUAGAGUAGUCCUUUAACCCUGAAUGGGGUGGGUGGCAGCACUGUAGCAUGGCUGUGUAAUACAAAAGCUAAUACCAACAUACAGAAUUAAGUUUUGUGCUCAAACUCCCACUACUCUGGGUCAGCAGCAAUGAGUAUAGUACACAUCAGCCACUACAUAAAUUAAAAACCAAAGGGGGGAAAAUCGCAACUCCCUACGCACAUUUAAAUUACUGGAGGCUUUUUAGUAUCACUCCAAUGCCCAUUCAAGUGAGUUUGCCUUGACGUGACAGGUAAGAUUACACGUUAAUAAUGGCCAUUGGAGUGAUGUUAAAAAAAAUCUUCAUAUUGGUACAGUUACAUGUGCUAAAGUUAAUUACUAGAAGAUUUCAGGGAGCUCAGAGAUGGUAGGGGAACAUGUUAUGAGACAGUAAUAAAGUAUGUUUUCUUCAUUUACUGUGUAAAUAUCUUUGAAAUCGCUUAAUCUUGAAAUUAUUUUUUUCCUCACUCAGAUAACAAUGAAGAUGGUACCGAAGAUGCUUUCACCUCUAGUGAAAGACUGGGCUCCCAAAGCAUUUGUUGUUUCAUUUAAACUAGAGACAGAUACUUCUAUCUUAUUGGAGAGAGCCCAUAAAGCCCUUGCAACAUAUCGGCAUCAGGCAGUUGUAGCGAAUGUCUUAGACACGCUUCGGUCCUCUGUUGUAAUUGUAACUAAUACAGCAGAGACUAAACUCACCGUGUCGAAGGAAGAAGACAGUCUGGGAGUGGAAAUCGAAGAAAAAAUAAUAAGCGAUUUAACGUCACGUCACACUAAUUUUAUAGAAGGACAAUUCAAUGAGCUGAACUCUACUACUCAAGCCAUUUAGAUUUAUUAAAGAAUGCGAUACAAUGUAUUCAUACUAAUAAUACUGGUCAAUAUACUAUACUGUCUAAUGCUCUAUACAUUGAUCUAGACAUGUCGUCUGCUACUACAAAGCAUGCUUGAUUACCCAUAAUUCCGCUAUCGCCCGCUUAUUUCAUUCUGUUGCAUUUCUAUUUAGUUCCAAAGAUUAAAAUCAUAUACUAGUGCCUCGGCUCUGAAGCACACAAUUACACGUUGGCUGCCCUGACAGCAGUGAACAAUAUUCAGCAUAAUAGGACAACGGUUUAUGACGAUAAAAAACUUAGUUUGGGUAAUGUUUAAUUGAAAAUAGGAAUGAUACAUUAAAGGAGCACUAUAGGGUCAGGAACACAAACAUGUAUUCCUGAUCCUCUAGUGCUAAACCCUCCAUUUAGGUGGCUUUCGCCCAUAGGGAAAGCAUUCUAUUGGCUGAAAUCGGCAAGGGGGCGGGGCCAAAUGACAUUUUAGCUAAUCAGACGCAGAACGGCAGUGCUGCCUACUGUGCAGCCCUGAGCCAGGAAGCUCCUCCAGUGGCCACUUGGAGGUGUCCCUAGGGCAAUGUAACACUGCCUUUUCUCUGGAAAGGCAGUGCUUGCAUGAAAAUGCCUAGAGGAUAUGAUUAUACUAACCAGAACAACUAUAUUAAGCUGUAGUUGUUCUGGUGACUAUAGUGUCCCUUUAAAUCAGGGAAUUAAUCUUUAGUUGUGGAAUGCAGGAGAUUGGCAUGUAUAAUAAUGAUUCAUGUUUAUUUAGGUGGAAGUAAAAUUAUAGAACUACCUAAAAUACUACAAAACCGGGAUGUCCAACAGGUAGAUCUCCAGCUGCUGUUAACUAAAACUUACAUGAUGAUUUUUAUAGCAGUUUUAUUCCUGUGGAUUUUGAAGGCUCACCCUAUUGCUACAUUUAGUUACUAAAGUAUUGCAUUUUCCCAGGUAGCUAGUGUAGUUGAUUUCCUAAGAAUAGAGAAGCCUUUGAUUGGUCAAUUUUUAACAAGCUCCAGAAGAGAGAGGUGGGUGGGUUGCAAGGAAGGAGGGAGGGGAGACACUAUAUUCCCCUUGAUUGGAAUAUUCAGAGAGCACUGAUGACAGAAGAUAUUUUUGCACAGGAUUGAUAUUUGGCCGUACGGAACAGUGUUUUGAGCUGCCAAAGUCACGUGUACCGGAAUGCAACUACUAUCUCUGUAUGUGCAGCAUUUCAAGCAGAAACUCCAGGACCACCUCUGAAAGCAGAUAUAGUCAUGUACGUUGGAGUAACCCUUCAAAUUUACGCCUGGUGAAUUCCUGAGAGCUCAACGUUUAGUGAAUAACUGGGUAAAAAUUGUACUAGAAGGUUCAGUAUGAACUGUUUAACCCCUUAAAGACACAUGACAUGUGUGACAUGUCAUGAUUCCCUUUUAUUCCAGAAGUUUGGUCCUUAAGGGGUUAAAGCAGGUGUGUCCAACCCGUGGCCCAUGUGCCGUCCAGGCAGUGAGGGAUGAAGGGAGCCUAUUACUUACUAUGCUCUCUCCGCACAGCUCCAUCGGACGCCCUGCAGUGAGUCGGCAGCUGGGCUAUGACAUUAUCCCAGCAUCGGCAUCACUGAUGAGCAUGUGAGGAACCUGUGCAGGAAUAGCACAGUAAUCCCAUCACAGCAACAACCAUUGGCCACAAGGGAGAGGAUCCACUGCAGCCCUCCCAGAGCAAGGCAGGCAGGCAAAGUGGACCACUUAAUUACUAAAUGUGUGUAUGCCUGUGAUUGCGUGUAUAGGUCUAUAAUUAUGUGUAUGUAUGUGAUUGUGUUUGUAUAUCUGUGAUUAUGUGAUUGAUUGUGUGUACAUGUCUGUGUAUAGGUCUGUAGUUAUAACAUAUGUAUGUUUAGUAGAUAGCUCCCCUUAAUUUGGUAUCCUUAAAUAUGGCAAUCCCACAUAAGUAUAACAAAUAAGGGAGUUAUCUACUAAACAAAUAAAAAUUUAAGAAAAGGGCUUUUGAAGUUUUAUUAUAUAAACUAAUUAUAUUAUAUUUUAUGUGCAGCCCAGGCCAAUUCUACGCUCAUUGUGGCCCGGGGAAGUCAAAAGGUUGGAUACCCAUGGUUUCAAUUUUAAAGUGUUAAAAAACAAAACACUCUUGGCUAGUUUUACAAUAAUAAAGCAUUGUAACUGACCUUAUCCUAAACCACAUUUCAGAAAUAUGUUAUAUUAAAGUUCAUCUGCCUGGGAUUAUCUUCAACCCUUGCCUUGUCUUUCUCGUUUUUAAUUGUGUGUGUGUAUAUUAGACAUGUGCAAUUCGUUUUGGUCCAAAUUUAAAUUCGGACGAAUUUCGGCAACUCGGACAUUUGGAUGCUUCUGAAAUGUCUGAGGUGCCGAAUUUUGGAAGAACCGAAUUGCCAAACUGCUUUGGAUUUCUGAAAAGUGGCAAAACAGGAGAGGGAGGGAAAAUUAAGGUAAUGACA